UAUUUAUAAAUUGUUAGCAAUGGGUAAAGCACCUAAACCGCUUUUGUUUUUCCUUAUCAUGACUGAAAAUUUAUCGGUACUAUCAAUAAUUCCCUUCAAGGUUUGCUCGGAAACGGAAUUCUGUUAGUUUAUCGUCGACACUUUCGUUGAAACGUUUUUUUUUCGUGUAAUUGAAGAUGAAAGUGGUCGUGAAAUCCGUUUUGGCCGAAACUGAACUAGAGGCACCGCCGAAAUCUUUGUUCAGGGAUAUUUAUUUGAUGAUAUGCAAAAGUUUGGGUUUACAGGAAACAUGGUUUUUUGGUUUGUGCUACCAGAAUAAUCAGUUGACGGAUUCAAUAUGGUUAGAUACUUCCAAAAAGGCAAUCAAAGAUCUACCAGCAGCAAUCAAACAGCUGAAUUUUCGAAUAAAAUAUUAUCCAGAAGAUGUGAUAAUGGAACUUAUAGAAAACAUAACAAUUCAAGUGUUUUACACAGAAGUUAAGGCUGCCAUUUUAUCUGGUGAUAUAUUCUGUCCUGCUGACACAGCUGCUCUUCUAGCCUCCUAUUCAUUGCAAGUGAAAUUUGGUGAUUUUGAUGAUCAGAAACACAAUGAUGAAUUUGUCGUCAAACAGACUCUGCUACCUCAAAAAGUGAUAAGACAGCAUGAUCUUGAUGCAUAUACCUGGACUGAGAGUUUGACAAGUAUGUGGAGAAAAUUAGCAGGGAUGGAUUCUGAAGACGCCAUGUUGGAAUACUUGAAAUUAGCCCAAGAUCUCGCUAUGUACGGAAUCUGGUACUUCGAUAUACACAACAAGAAAGGUACCAAACUACUUCUUGGUGUUAAUGCUUUAGGUUUAGACAUCUAUGUGCCAGAAGAUCAACUAAAUCCUCAAGUUUCUUUUCCAUGGUCUGAGAUAAAACAUUUGACGUUCAAGGACACCAAAUUCAUCAUUAAACCAGUGGACAAGAAGGCUCCAAAUUUCACGUUCUUCACAACCAGUGGAAAAAGCAGUAAACAAAUUUUGAACUUAGGUGUUGGAAAUCAUCAACUUUAUGUCAGGAGAAGGAAACCAGAGAGCCCCGAGGUACAGAAAAUGAGAGAAAAGGCUAACGCAAUUAGAGAGUUGAGACAGAACCAUAAGGAUAAACUCAACAGCGAAAAAAAAGCUAGAGAAGAGGUCCUUCGGCGAGAAGUUGAAUAUCAAAAGCAGCUGAAGAGAAUGCAAGACGAACUGGAUCAAAAAGAUCGCUCUCUUCUUGAGGCGAAACAAAUAAUUGAUCAACUUCAAAUUCAACUCCAAGAACUACAGGAAGCGAAAAAAGAACUCGAAAUAGAACAGAAAGAAUUGAAAGAGAUGAUGGAACGUUUGCAGGAGGCCAAGCACAUGGAAGAGGAGGAAAAAUUGAAGCUGGAAAUGGAAAUUAUGGAGAAACAAAGGAUGGUUCAACGAAUCCAAGACGAAGUAGCUGCUAAAGACGCGGAGACAAAAAGACUUCAGGAAGAAAUUGAACUGGCGAGACAAAAAGAAGAAGAAUUAAGAAUUCAACAGCUGAAAGCUGAAGAGGAAAGAUUGAGAGAAAAGGAAAGAUUGGAAGAGGAAGCCAGGAAAAACGCAGAACUUGAAACAUUACCUGAUACUGCCAAUACCGAACUACCAGAAGCUACCAAGGUCAAUGCUGUACUCCAAGAACAACUCAAGUCUCUGCAAAGUAAAUUAGAAGAAUCAUUCAAGCAGGAGGAAGAUACAUCACUCGAUAAAAUCCAUAGAAUCAAUGUUAUGGAAGGAAGGGACAAAUAUAAAACUCUGGCAGAUAUAAGAAGGGGAAAUACCGUCAGAAGAAUCGAAAUGUUUGAAAACAUGUAACUAUCUAUUCAAUAAUUCUUAUCAUAUACCUGGAGUUGAUUGUGGAGUCUAGUCCCUUUAACUGUAAUUAAAUUAGUUAAAUAAUAAUAAUAAUAUAUUAGUGACAAGUAAGAUGUGUGAUAUGUUGCUGUGAGUUGUACAAAUGUUUCAAGAUUUUUGUAUAAAUAGUUAAAAAAGAAAACCAUGCACAUCUGGUCUAUUGCAAGAGAUUUAUAUGUUUCAGAUUGACGGAUUUUUUUUUUAUCAAACUAGUAAACCAACAGUAGUAAGUGCUCACCGUGACAUAUUCUGAGAUUUAAACUAAAUUUCUACUAAUCGCUUGGAAAACGUUUUAUGAAAUAAGAUAUCCCUAAGCAUUACACACCUAAAUAAAAAAGAUUCGAUACCAUAGAUUUCAAUAUCCUUUAGGUAAUUGUUCCUUCUUUCAUUCAUGAAUUCAUGAAACUGAUUAGCAUUUAGCUAUAUAAAUAAAAUCAGAUUUUUCGAUCAUGUCUUUGUUAGUCGAAUGCUCUCCUUGCUUUGGGUAUUUGAAAUACCUCAAUUAAUUUAUUUUUUUAGUAUAUGCUUCAGUUAUUAUUGUAGUUCAUUAGUGAAAAUAGUCUAUAAAUCGAAGUUUUACAUGGAAAGUCAUUAUUAGUUAUUGUUAUCGUUAUUAGAAAGUAUUGAAUAAAGGAUGACGAGUUGUUAAAACUAACUCACGUUACCAAUGAAGAGAUUGUUUGUUUUGUUGACAUAGAAUGAAGUAAUUCGUUUUUGUUUGUUAUUUAUUUUGAUUUAUUUAGUCAAAUAGUUAUAUAAAUAAAUAUUUUCCUCAUUUGUUUCAA